CUGAAGGCACGUGCUGGAAAGGAGUUCGGCUCGCUUCGUCCGUCUCAGCCAACCCAAGGGCCGCUGAGGAACGCAGUUGUUCGCCUGUCAGAGCGAUGUGAUGCUGACUCCGAUGCUGUUGUGCGCGAACUUGCCUCUUUACCCCAUUUCAGUCUGGACGAGCCGCUUUCUCUUCCUUUACCGUACGAAUUGACCGAAGUGUCUCUCACAUCAGUAUGUCCACUUGCUUGGUGCUGUGCUUUGGGAAAGGCACAACUGGUCCUCAUAUUGAGAGCUGCUGGAGCUGAUGUGAAUGCUACAGAUCUAGAAGGGCGAACACCACUGAUGGUAGCAGUUCUGGCUAAUAAGGAGGCUGCAGUGGAGGCACUUUGCGGCGAUGGAUCAGUAGUUGUCAAGAAACCUGCAGCACUAAAGAAAACAAAGGGACAUACAGCCACGAGGCUUUUCCUGGGCGCCAUGCAAGGUCGAAAGCGAAAAGCGCCAGAAAUCGACGAUGAUGAGGACGAGGAGGAUGAGCGCGCUGAAACUGAAGAAGAAUCAGACGCUGACAGCGAAGGGUCAGAAUCCGAGGCAGAAGUUGAAGACGAGGCCGAAACCGAACAGGACGACACUGAAACAACUCCGCCAAAGAAGAUUAACAUUUCUAAUAAAAAUCUGGACCUAAUGAUCUGCGACAGAAAAGGAAGGAACAUUGUUCACUACAUGGUCGAGCCCAUUCCAUGGGAGAAUGUCGAACUUCUAAAGAAACUCUACAAAGAAGCUCCAGCAAAGAUCAAGCAACUCCUUCAACAAAAGAACAAGGAUGGGAACACACCGUUAGACAUCGCCAUGAAAACGAAACAGAGGAGGAUGGCUUCGGCGAUCAAGGACAUCCUGGGCGGUACUGCAAAGAAGGCAAAAAUUAGCAAUGGGGUACACAUAUCGGAUCUCCCUGAUGUAUCUGAUCUCGUUUGUAAGUACAACGUCAAUGAGGAGUCCAAACUGUUCCUUGCCCGUUGGAAUGCUGAACACAAUGUGGCCUACAUCUCCGUCAUCCCGAAACCGUCAGCUUUGAGUGGAUAUCGCGAUACAGCCGAGCUUGUAAUGUGCCCUGUCACUCAGCAGUACAUUACUGCAGUUCUCAACAAGACUGAUCUAAAUUAUGGACGAUACGGAUUCCAUAAUUUCUAUCGGAAUCGAGCUGAUGAAACGACGUGA